AUGAGCUGUCUCAUCCUCGUAGAGCAGCGAGGUCAGAACCACCUUCCAAUGUCCAGCAGACCCAUCGACAUCCACAUCACCGAGGUCGCCCCAGCUCCCACGGUAGGUCCGUCAAUCAUUGAGGUACCCGGCUUCAACAGUCCAAGGGCAUGCCUCGAAAAACUAACCAGCUUAGCUCUCAACAAUCCAUCGAAGAAGGAUAUGAAGCGCCUUGUCCACCGAGUUGGACUCAGACACCGCCAGGUCUUUCACGACGGCUACAGCUGGUUCACCAAAGUGAGCCUGCUGCAGUAUCUCCUCCUCUUCAUCCUAGGAUACCGCACUAUCCUAUCCGCCAUAGAGGAGAGCUGCAGGUGGGACCUUAGGCUUGCCAAGAGCUUCAUCCAACAACAGAUCGACGCGAUCCAAGAGUUAGCAGCAAAGCAAGGACGGCCUGAGAGGAACAAGGAAGAAAUCGACUUCGAGAAGGUGUUGUUGAAGGAGCUAGAUAGUGUUGGUCGCAGUAAGAUAGAGUGA